AUGGCUGAGGAAAAACAACCCACCGUUAUUCUUCAAGAUCCUGAAGACCAUCAAGAGCAUCACACUGAAGAUGGCGAGGCGAUGAAGCAACGCGUAAAAGAAAUGGAAGAGGAGGCAGCAAAACUUCGUGAAUUACAAGCAGUCUAUGAAAAAGAGAUUAAUAGUAGUUCGGAAGAAGAUAAAGAGGCGAUUGAUGCUAGAUCAAUUUAUGUUGGCAAUGUUGAUUAUAGCGCCACUCCUGAGGAACUCCAGGCACACUUCCAAUCUUGUGGUACAAUCAACAGAGUGACCAUACUUUGUGACAAGUGGACGGGACAUCCAAAAGGUUAUGCUUAUGUUGAAUUCGCUGAUCCAUCAUUAAUCGCCAACGCAAUGACUCUUAAUGAAACUUUGUUGCACGGGCGUCCAAUCAAAGUAACCGCAAAAAGAACUAAUAUCCCUGGAUUCAAUCGUGGCGGUAGAAGUCGAGGUCGUGCUGGUUGGCGAGGAGCGGGUGCACAGUUUUAUGGUCAUUAUCCUCCAACGAUUAGGGGACGUGCAAGAGGACGACGCGGCUUUGCUCCUUAUUAA